AUGUCUGACACUGAUCGUGUCCCUCCGCGUCAGAUUUCUCCGGCGGAGAUCCCCGUAGCCAGCACCUCCGAUGCCAACAGCCAUGGGUCGCAGGCCAAAAACCCCGAGGACAUCUCUGAUAUUCCUGAGAUUGUUCGUUCUCAGGUUGAUGAGAAAAAUCGUUACCUUGCUCUGAACCUGCCCCCCAUGUACUCGCUGGAAGAGAUCUACAGCGACUUCGCUGCCAAGGCUAUGUCUUUGGGCUUUGGAGUAUUCUUGAAGCAUAUCGGAGACCGGCCACUACGAGUUGGUACCGUCUGUUCGGGCACUGAAAGCCCAAUCAUGGCAAUGGAACUACUCCAAAAGGGACUUGGUGCAGACCAGAGUUUCAAAUUCUCACACAUUUUCAGUUGUGAGAUUGUUCCGUUCAAGCAAGCCUAUAUUGAACGGAACUUCCAGCCACCACUUCUCUUCCGUGAUCUGCUGGAACUAGGAAAUGACCAGGCCCAUACGGCCUACGGGUCACUGGAAAAGAUCCCCGGUGACCUCGACAUCCUGAUUGCUGGGACUGCUUGCGUCGAUUUUUCGAUGAUGAACAACAAGCGGAAGCUCCUGAGUGAAGAAGGCGAGUCCAGCAGCACCUUCAACGCUCUACUUCGGUACUGUCGCAAGUACCGUCCCCGACUGGUUGUCUUGGAGAACGUCAGCAAAGCUCCCUGGGACGAUUUCAUCAACGUUUGGGCCCAGAUCGAGUAUCACGCUGUCCACGUGAUUCUCGACUCGAAACAAUACUAUAUCCCUCACACCCGUAUGAGAGGAUAUUUGAUCGCUAUCGACAAGCACCGCCUGGAUGGCACCGGUUCGGCAAACGUAGGCUUGGCUGAGUUCGGUUCUUCGUUCAAGAACUGCAUGACACAGCUCGCUCGCCAAGCCAGUUCGCCCGCCGGCAUGUUCCUCUUGCCUGAGACUGACCGUCGUCUUGAGCAGAUUCGCAAGGACCUUACCACCCGUCUCGAAGCCAGCUCGAGUCGGGCCGAGGUCAGCUGGGAGAAGUACAAGAUCAGGCAUGCGGAUUUCCGCAGCGGUGCGGAGAUAGGAGAUCAACGGCCCAUUAGCCGUUCCCAGGCAGGAAUUUCGGGAGCAACGCCGCCAGACUUUUAUUGGCGCUCUUAUUUCAACUCACAAGUCGAACGCGUGUGGGAAACCCUCGAUAUGAAGUUUCUCGAAGCAGUCACGCGAGACUUCGACUUCAAUCAUAAAGAGCGCUGGAUCGAUCUCUCCCAGGGUGUAGAUCGCGGUAACGACAGUACCACUUCGUCCGGGGUCGCUGGCUGCCUGACGCCAUGUGGCAUGCCCUUUGUGACUUCGCGUGGAGGUCCGUUGUCUGGUCUGGAGGCUCUCUCUCUGCAGGGACUUCCGCUGGACCGGAUCAUCCUGACAAGCGAAUCGCAACGAGACCUGCAGGACCUAGCUGGGAACGCCAUGACAUCGACCGCAGUAUGUGCGACGAUGAUUACCGCCCUCAUUCUGGGAUAUGGCUUGUUGGACAAAGGCGCAGACAAACCAGCCGAUGCACGUGUCCCCGUCGACGAAGAUUCGACGAAGUUUGCAUACGUGGACGAGGAUGGCGACAUCCUUGUCCGGGUCAACACUGAGGACUCGCCAAGGUCCUUCGACCACUAUGACCGGCUUUUGCAGAACGGGGCUGCUAGUGCCCAGUUCUGCAUCUGCGAAGGUCAGUCCGUGGUCAAGGACAACCUCAGGGACUGCAUUCUGUGUGGUCACCGUGCCUGCGGCUCCUGCGCUGGUAACCCAACGCACGCCUAUCGAUCCCUGGCGGCGCCCAAUUCCUGGCGAAGUUCGCCAGUGGAGUUCAUUGCUUUCCUCAAGGGUGUUCUGCCCAUGAGACUCAUGCUGUCCGGUCUGUCCGUAGCAGACUUUGACAAACUCCUCGCCUGCUUCCCUACCGACCACUCGCCAAAGCCUCAGAUCACCCAAGAUUCCCGGAUGUCUGCUGAUAAGAAGACUGAAGGGAAGCUGAGUGCUGCAGUGGUGAAAGGUAAGGGCUCGAAGCGUGGCAGUCCAAGUGGCGACAAAACCACCACCACCGCUAAGAUCGGCGCAGACCUCGCCCGACGGGACUUUAUUGAGACCGUCCGGUCUGCUCUCGCCGAAGAUGUCCGGUUCUACGACAUCCAGCGGUCCGACAUCUGGACUGUCAUCUACGAAGGCGAGCACUCCAGCAUGCAGUUGCAGAUCCGCCCUGAUGGACUCCAGUGGCUGUACUUCGCCAAAGCCCCACGACGUUCUCCGGCACAGUGCCUUGUGAGAGAAAUUUUCGGUAAACCGAUUGCCCGCAUGACCCCGACUCCGGGCACCCUUCUGAAUGGCUCGUGGCAAGUUGCUGCUCCCUUGAGUACGCGGUUCCCGUUGACCUUCUCCGGCGACGGAGCACAGGUACCGGCGUACCAAGCAGCAAUCGGCAUCACCAAAUUGUCGACGCCCGAGAUGAAGGUGUGGACCCAGGUCCGGGUUGGUGGCGACGAUGAUGAUGUGGACAAGCUUAACGCGGAUGUCCGUGGUGUUUACACCUACCUUCCAGACUGUGGAACGGCGCUGGCGUCGUUGUACAAGAAGGAGGCCACCGCAGACUGCCCGACAGUCUACCUCUUCCUCGACCCCUCUAAGAUUGGCCUCCCUGAACAAGACUCGUGCGUGUUUUCGUUCGAGCAUAGCCGUCUUACUGGGUACUCGAGGCGCAUCACCAUCGCAGAACUAUCCCACCAUUGGCGAGCAACGGCCGUCACAGCCGAACCGACCACAGUCGAUGCCUUCUACCGAGGCUGGUGUGAUGCCCCUGCUGCGAUGACAUUGCAGCCGUUCGAGGCUGACUCAAUCGUCUAUCGCAGUCUACAGCCGGGCUACACCGUGUACCUUGGGGGCAACGACUGUCACCACUCCUACACUUCGCUGGUCUCGCUGACAGCGCCGGCGAAGUCUCUCAACCUCUCACAGGCAAUGUUGCCUAAACUUGCACCACCAACAUCUUCUGCUUCUUGGCAAGCAGUGGCUCUCGGGAAAUCGUCAUCCGAAAUGCGGGAUGUUGCUUGGGCGGUUCAAAAAAUCGCCAGCCGCACGGAGUUCCAGGACUGGAACAUGAUCACCGUCGGCGCAGAACGCCCAAGUGACGACGAAACGUUCUGCCCUACCUGCGACCCACCAGUACCUGGUAUUAUCUGGGGUCGUGAUAAGGCGGGGCAGCAUGUCAUCCCGUACGAGGAUCCGCGAGGCGCUGCCACUUACGAGCGCGCCGUCAAAUCCAAGCCAGCCCCGUUCGUCCUCUUGCGACGAGUUGAUGAAGCCGGCAACGCCGAAUUGCGUUUCGCCUUGAACAUCCAGUCACUGGCACACCAAGCCUAUGGCCGGCUUGUUAACCGCGGCAAUCACUCUAGCAUUGAGUUCCAAUGGCGGCUGGUCGGCAAUACGAAUGACUGGGGAAGAACCAGUCACCCGACAUUCACCCUGCUUGACAACCAGGAAGAUGUUGCCUCUCACCAACCACCGAGUUUCAAGAUCAACCUGCGUGAGGACCAGCUCCGAUCUCUGAGCUGGAUGAUUAGCCAGGAGGCCGAUCACAUUUCGCCGUUUGUGGAGGAGGAGACGGAAGAGGCCCUUUUGCCUCUGAUGUCGUGGCGAGCCGAGGCCAAAGUCACCAUGCCCAGAGUGGUGCGAGGCGGCGUCCUGUGUGAUGAAGUUGGGUAUGGCAAAACGGCAAUCAUCCUCGGAUUGAUUGACGCCCAACAUCACCAGGACUCUCUCCGCCUGCAACAAGCCCCUCAAGUAAGUGGGCAGAUUGCGACCAAGGCCACCCUCCUUGUCCUCCCAUCCAAUGUUUUCAGACAGUGGGACAGCGAAAUCAAGAAAUUCCUUGGGAACAGAUAUAAGGUCCUGCUCAUCCCAAACACAGCUCAACUCGGCAAGGUUUCGGUGAAGGCAAUGCGCGAAGCAGAUAUCAUCCUUGUUUCAUGGACAGCUCUCAACAACCCGGACUACUAUCAAACCAUGCGGUACUUUACGGGCACCCCGAAAGCACCCAUGAAAGCGGGCCGGGGCUUUGACAGUUGGUUCAAGGAUGCAGACAAAUCUCUUCGCCAGGUGGUGCAAGUGUUGCAAGAAAUGGGACCCGAGGGGUUUUUGAAGGAUGUAUGGGCUCGGCGGUUGGAGUUGAAGCGGACACAGGCAAACUCCACAUAUGUACCUUCUCGUCGUCUGCGCGGUGCUGCCUUUGUUGCUGCUCAAGCACAGGAACGCGCUGCCAUUAAGACUGGUACUUUUGAGACUGGCGCUCCUGGUCAGUCCUUGGAGUCUUUCCACGCCUCUGCCAGCCAAGCUCCCAGCCGUGUUGGCCCUUGCCCAGCUCCUUCGAAUCCCUCGGCAGAUCCCUUCGUGCAACUAUCCAAGGAUUUCAGCCCUCCAGCAGGGACGCGCGACCCGCAACCAGUCGCUCCAGAUGAUGAUGAUGAUUCAUCUGAUGAAAGUGACGGCAAGUUCGACUUGCAAGGGGAAGAGGAAGACGACGCCGAAGAGCCUGUACCCAAAAAGGCAAAACGUGCUCAGUCCUCGAAAGACCCAGACAAGACGAAGAAACCCAAGAAGAAGGGGCCGUGGGAUGACCGACAAGGUUUCAAUAUCCCCGCCCCGACAAGUCGACGCAAUCCCUCGCUGGAGGGCAUGAAAUACCUCCCACUCCACGCAUUCAGCUUCAACCGCAUAGUGGUUGAUGAAUACACCUACUCCCGCGAAUAUCGAACCCUCCCUAUCCUCGCACUCAUCUCCCGUUCCAAGUGGAUUCUUUCUGGUACGCCCGCACUGGGCGAGUUUGCCGACGUCAAGGAUAUCGCACGUCACCUGGGAAUCAACCUGGGCAUUGACAACGACGGUGAUAAGCCUACUUCAAACUUCCGAUUAAAGGGAGCUCGUCGAGACCAGACCGCAUUGGAAACCUUUGAGAUGCACCAGCCUCCUCGUAGCAUGGCUUGGUAUGAAAAUCGCCAUCGCCAUGCACAGGCCUUCCUUGAUCGCUUCGCUCGCCAGAACCCAGUUGAUGUCAGAUCGUUGACCAUGGAAACCCACCUCAUCAUGUCUGAUCUCCUCCCCAAAGAGGAGACAAUCUACCAGGCACUGUACAGCCGAUUUGUGGCAGACGAUGGUCGGCUCCGCAAGAUCACCAGGUCAGAUGCCCUGAGCACAACGCUAAAUGUGUUCCUGGAAUCCGAAUCGCCUGCCGAAGCCCUUCUGAGAUGUGCCACGACUGCAGGGAUGCUACCAUAUCCCUGGAACGUCGACAUUUGCACAAAGCGCAUUGCGGCUCAGCAGAAGAUUCGCGCUGGGCAAUGGGGUAGACUGACAUCACUGGCAAAGAUGGCGUUCCUGGUGCUGGAAAACGCACGGGAACGAAGCGACAAGGGUUGGCGAGAGUUGCUGAGUGACGUUGAGUGCGAUCCAAAUUGUGAGGGUCACAAACACUUCGUGGAUGUAGUGGGAGAUGCGGACACCGUGAACUCGAUCAGAGAUCUCCUAGACAAUGUCUGGGGGAGAAUGAAUAUUGUCUGGUCUCAAGGUGACCGCGAAGACCAACUACUGGAGAAGGUGGAGCAGAAACUGCGCGAGGCCCGACCAACCAAGGUCCAAGAGGCACAGUUGAAGAAGGUAUAUGUCGAUGAACCCGCCGAAUCACGGCCAUCAACAGAUGAUGGCGCAGAGUCCGGCAAUAAUCAAUCCGCCACCGACCGCCCUGCCGUCCUUGUAUCGGAAGAGGAAUACCAGGCGAGAUUACAAGCCUGGAAGACCGAAACCGUUUUGAACAAGGACCUCGUCUGCGAUAUCAACAAGACGAUGGAACAGAUCGUCGAACGCAGUCGAGAGGUCCGGUUCUUCACCGUCGUGCAGAGCCUGCAAAAAGAGCAGCCCCAAAACUGCGACAAGUGCCUAGGAUCGUACGAUCUUAAGGGCAAAGACGGCAUGGCAGUCGUCCGUACCUGCGGACACCGUCUUUGCCAGGGCUGCAUGACCGUGAUGAAUGGACCGGCAGGCAAUAAACGCGUCUGCGUGGUGGAUGGAUGCAACGCCACUGCUUGCAUUUCAGAGCAAGUCAGUGCGCGUUCCGUGGAAGAGGCCAGUGCUGGUCAAGAGAGCAGCAAGCUCAACAGCAUGGUCGACAUCAUCAAGAAGAUCCCAGCGGAGGAGAAAGCAGUGUUGUUUGUUCAGCUCGAAGACGCCAUAUCCUAUGCCUCUCGUGCCCUCACUGCUGCGGGCAUUUUGCACUGUGUAGCCAAGUCCGGAAGGGCGACGGCUAUCACAGACUUUGUCACUCAAAAGGCAAAGUCCUUGCCGCAGCAGCAGGAGGAGGACACGGCGAUGGUCGAAGGCGACGAGCCGGACCUGGAUGACCGGGAGAAUGGCGGUCAGAAAAAGAGGAAGAGAGGAAACAAGAAGGCUUCCGCUCCCAAGGUGCUUAUCUUGCGCCUGGGUAGUGAGAUGGCGGCGGGCCUUAACCUGCAACUCGCCAACCAUAUUCUCUUCCUUUCGCCUCUCCUGGCAUCCAGUCAACACGAAUACGACUCCGGUAUGACCCAGGCAAUCGGCCGAUGCCGCCGGUUCGGACAGAAAUUAACUGUCCACGCCUACCACUUCCUGACGCGCAGAACCGUCGACGUCAAUGUCCUUCAAGAGAGGACCCGUACCGUCGUUGUACAACGCGGUACCACGACUCUGCAAGUCCCACCGUCCGAGGUCCAGCCAUCCGACGAGCGCUGCGAAGGCGAUACUCUCGAGUUCACCUCAAGUUCAAUGCCCGACCCAGUCGAAGACGAGUGA